AACAAACACAUCUGUUUUUUUUUUUCAACCAUUCAUUGAUGUAACCUUAGCCUGCCUAGUGUAGAUAACACACGUUAGCUGCUAGAUCGGGCAGGGAGGACGCUAAGGUUAACAGAAAAUAAAGGUGACAUUUGACAUGGGGAUGCAUCAAGACGUUGCACAAAGGAUGUAAUUUUCUAGAUAGCUGUCUAGCUACUGGAGGCUUUAUGGAGAGGUUUCCAAUUAUAAAAUAAUCUGUCCACGCUGGAAAUAGGAUUUUAAAGCAAAUCAUUGGCAGGUUGGCUAGCUAUGAAGCUAUUAACUGACCAUCUUAUGCGAUCUAAAAAAAUGUAAAAAAACAAAAAAAAACAAAAAACAACUAAAUCAGCAUCUAACAUCCAACUCGCACAGUAAUAUUCAGCGAACUAGUUAACGUUAGCUGUCGAGCUAACAGCAAACUCGGCUGUCAGUUUCUGCAAGUAUACCUAACGGGCACGAUGAAAAACAAAUGAAUGCAUGUUUCGAACGUGAAUGUUGACAAAGCUUGUAUUACGAGCUACCAUUAACGGCUUGUAGCCGCACCCGCCGUUGUUAGGAUAACUAGCAGUGAAGAAGAAUGUUAAAUGAUGUAUUUCGUCUCGAAUGCUUUUACUUCGCAUGCUAGGUAGCUAGCUGUAUUGGCUUGCUGGUUAGCUGUCUCUUGGAUUUGGAACUAUGAAAGCGCUGCUUAGCAAGCUAGUUAAACGAAUCUGAGUGAUGACACAUAAUGAACCCAUAGAGUCGGGCAGCUGGCUUGAUAACUACCUGCGGAAAGCGAUUUCAUUUUUACACUAUUAAAUACCUGAUACCAUUAAAUUGUCACUUAUUUUGUUUGAGGGCGACAGCGUCUGCUCUUGCUUAGCCUCAGCCUGCAAGCUGUCCGGGUCGGGCCGCUUUGUAUGACGUGCGAAUACCGCGGUGGUGGUCCAAAGCCCGUUUCCCUCGGAUGAUUGUUUUAUCAUUUUAUUGACAUUUCAAAAGUUAACCCCCUCCUCCUCGCUUUUAUGGACACAUGGAGACAAUGAAGAAGUUUUUCGAUUCACGCCGGGAGCUGGUGAGCUCUGGGCCUGGUUCUGGAGGCGGUGGAGGCGGCGGGUUCAGUUCAGCUGGAAACAGUUUCAUUGGGAAGGCGUUCACUAUUGGUCGGCAUCAAGUCACCGUGGAGGAAACGCUGGCUGAAGGUGGCUUUGCCAUAGUGUUUGUUGUGAGAACGUCUCAGGGUGUUCGCUGUGCUCUGAAGAGGAUGUACGUCAACAAUGAGCACGACCUGCAGGUCUGCAAGCGCGAGAUCCAGAUCAUGAGGGACCUGGCGGGCCACAGGAACAUUGUGGGAUUCCUGGACUCCAGCGUCAUGCAAGUGGGCGGGGGGGACGUGUGGGAGGUGCUCAUCCUCAUGGACUUCUGUCGCGGCGGGCAGGUGGUGAACCUGAUGAACCAGCGCUUGCAGAGCGGCUUCUCCGAGCCCGAAGUUCUCAGCAUCUUCUGCGACACCUGUGAAGCUGUGGCACGGCUGCACCAGUGCAGGCCUCCGAUCAUACACCGUGACCUGAAGGUGGAGAACGUCCUGCUCCAUGACCAGGGCCACUAUGUGCUCUGUGAUUUCGGCAGUGCCACAAACAGGUUCCAGAACCCUCAGAGUGAGGGCGCGACUGCUGUGGAGGACGAGAUCAAGAAGUACACCACACUGUCGUACCGCGCUCCUGAAAUGGUCAACCUCUACAGUGGAAAAAUCAUCACCACCAAGGCCGAUAUCUGGGCCCUGGGUUGCUUGCUGUACAAGCUGUGUUACUUCACACACCCGUUUGGAGAGAGCCAGGUGGCCAUCUGUGAUGGUAGCUUCACUAUCCCGGACACGUCCCGAUACUCUCAAGAUAUGCACUGCCUCAUUCGGUACAUGCUGGAGCCAGACCCUGACCAGAGGCCUGACAUUUACCAGGUGUCCCACUUCGCCUUCAUGUUAGCUCGACGAGACUGCCCGGUGCAGAACACACAGAAUUCCACCAUCCCAGAGAAACUUCCGGAGCCAGUGAGAGCCAGUGAGGCAGUGGCCAAGAAGAGUCAUAACAAACCCAGGCUCACAGACCCCAUUCCGACCACAGAGACGUCCAUCACCCCCCGACAGCGCCCCAAAGCCGGACACCCUCAGCCCAGCUCGGGCAUGCUGCCCAUCCAGCCAGCCCUCACCCCCCGAAAGAGGGCCAACAUCCCCCCUGGUGCUGCCCCGCCCAUAGGUGUGAGCUUAGGCACUGCACAGCUGGCUGCCACCAUCCAAUCACAGAAGGCCCUGGCCACCACCGUCCAAUCGCAGAAGCUGCAGGCUGCUCGGUCUCCAGCUUCCCAACAUAAAACUACAGUGGUACAAUCUCAGGCUCCGCCCACACAGGCCCCUCCCCCUUCAGCUCAGGCCAUGCCCACACAGGAUUUCCUGAAGCAGCAGCCACAGGCCAAGCCACCACCGGUGCAGCCGACAGUGUCCACACGAGCAGCGCAGCCGGCGCAGCCGACAGUGUCCACACGAGCAGCGCAGCCAGCGCAGCCAGCAGCCGGGGCAGUGUCCGCGGGGUCCGCAGGCAUGCGGGUUGCAGCUGCUGCUCCUGUUGCCUCCCUGACAGCUUCGGCCCUUCAGAAACCUCAGCCAGGCUCGACCCCACCCGUCGCCCCUGCCAGGAGCUCCCGGCGUAGGCAGGCCAGCCUCGCUUCUCCUGCGGCUAAACCCUCACCUGCAGCCCUACCCUCACCUGCAGCCCUACCCUCACCUGCAGCCCAACCCUCACCUGCAGCCCUACCCUCACCUGCAGCCCUACCCUCACCUGCAGCCCAACCCUCACCUGCAGCCCGACCCUCACCUGCAGCCCUACCCUCACCUGCAGCCCUACCCUCACCUGCAGCCCAACCCUCACCUGCAGCCCAACCCUCACCUGCAGCUCAACCGGCAGCCCUACCCUCACCUGCAGCCCUACCCUCACCUGGAGCCCGACCCUCACCUGCAGCCCGACCCUCACCUGCAGCCCUACCCUCACCUGCAGCCCAACCCUCACCUGCAGCCCUACCCUCACCUGCAGCCCAACCCUCACCUGCAGCCCAACCCUCACCUGCAGCCCUACCCUCACCUGCAGCUCAACCUGCAGCCCAACCCUCACCUGCAGCCCAACCUUCACCUGCAGCCCUACCCUCACCUGCAGCCCAACCCUCACCUGCAGCUAAACCCUCACCUGCAGCUCAACCUGCAGCCCAACCCUCACCUGCAGCAUCUGCAGCUCGCGCAGCACCUGUGGCAGGUACUGCCCCCAUCUCGGCGGGGGGGCCUAUCCUUGUACCCAUUUCUACUGGCGUCCCACCUGAAGCCUGCACGCCUGCAGCAGGAGGCGCACCUGCAGUACCUGUCCCUGCCCCUGUCUCAGCUGAAAUACCUGUGGCGCCCCCUGCAGUUGGGCCUGUGCAGACGUCCAUGUCCUCUGACGAGGGAUCUCAGGGGGCGGAGUCUGUGACUCCUGGCUCCUCCCCCGACUUUGCCCAGCAGAGGGGCCUGAGUGAACUUACCCAGGAUGCAGAGACCCACCUCAUGUCUUGUGUGCACCCUCCGGCCAAGACCAGCAGCACCAUUACCCCAGCACCCUCAGCCCCCCCAGCGAGGCCAUGCAGCCCCACCAAACAGUCCACCUGGAACCCCUUUGGUGAUGAAAACCCUUUUGGUGAUGACAACUUCUCCACACUGAGUGCUGAAGAGCUGCUCAACAAGAACUUUGGCAAAAUGGAAGACAGUCUCCAGCCUGCCCCAGCUGCUCCGGCUUCCCCGGCUGCCCCAGCUGCUCCGGCUUCUCUGGCUGCCCCAGCUGCUCCAGCCGCCCCAGCUUCCAGUGGUUCGUGCCAUAUUGCAGGGCCUGCUGACAUCAUGAGUCUGGACUCUGACGGUGCUCUGCUCAGUGUGCCCGGAGCUCUCCAGCCCCUGAGCCUCUCCAGCGCCCCAGAGAAACUAAUUGAGGGUCUGAAGUCUCCAGAGACAUCCCUCCUGCUCCCUGAUCUGUUAUCCCUGGCCGACCCCUUUGGUGGCUCUACAGCUGGCUCCAGCAAUGUGGUCUUCGUGGACUCCUUGCUCCCUGGGUUAGACGCCCCCCAUCCUCAACAGCAUGUGACCCCUCCCGAACCCAGCUCUGCUCGGUUGCUAGACGCCCUGGCUGGGGGUGACACUCUGCUGGGCUGCUCCCUGCUCUCUAACCCCCCCACCCCGCCCGUGUCCUCCCUCUCCUCCCCUCCCUCCUCUGCGUCUGCGGUCUCUGCCUCCUUUCUGGAUGAGUUUGCCCCCGCACAGCCCCUCACAGACUGCUCCCUCCUCCUGUCGGAGCUGGACCCGCCGGAGAGCUUGGGGACGGGUGCAGAGGAUGAGUUUGACCCCAUCCCUGUGCUCAGCUCCAGAGGCCCAGCACAAGGUGGACACUCGCGCAGUAACAGUGGCAGCUCGGACUCCAGCCUCCCUAAUCUGGCACGAUCUCUCCUCCUGGUGGACCAGCUUAUCGAUUUGUAGGGGGCGGGAUUGUGCCCCAGUCCCUCCCCCUCUCCGGGCGGCCCACUUUCAGACUCUUAACCAGUGGUCAAUCUUUCCCAAUCACCUGACCUUUACAUCAUUAGCUCCCCUAAGUCCUAUUGGCUUAUAAAAAUUCCAUCAUGUUGUAUUUUGUCUUGUCUUUAACCAUGGCAUCUUCACUAUCUCUCUCUCAUUCCCUUUAUCCUCUCUCUUUCAUCAAGCUCCAUCUAUCCAUCUCCAGCUCCCCAUGUGAGCUCCUUCCCCUGUAAGCUCCUCCCCCUUUGAGCUCCUUCCCCUGUGAGCUCCUUCCUCUGUCAGCUCCUCCUCCUGUGAGCUCCUUCCUCUGUCAGCUCAUCCUCCUAUGAGCUCUUUCCCGUCAGCUCCUUCCUCUAUAUUGUGAGCUCCUUCCCCUGUCAGCUCCUCCCCCUGUGAACUCCUUCCCCUGUCAGCUCCUUCCCCUGUCAGCUCCUCCCCCUGUGAACUCCUUCCCCUGUGAGCUCCUUCCCCU